UUCCAGGUUGCAAAGGGAGCUAUAUCAAAAAACAGAAACAAACACGUUAACAGACUUGAGGAGGCUGAACAAAUUAGUUAAUUAUUAGUAUGCUGCUGUGUCAGUGCAAGCAUGUCUGUUUUGGGAGUCAUUGUGUUAAAAAUAUCUUUAUUGUGGUGGAUCAUGUUUGGGUAGGAGGGAUCGUUUUGCCCCACUGAGCCAGCCUCGUGGGCAGCAGAUGAGCCAGAGAGACUUGUGUGUGAGCGUGUGCGUGUGUGUAUGUAUGUGUGUGCGUCUGCUGAGCUGUGAGCAGAGGAGCCCCGCCAGCCAGCUUGCUCUAACUGUGCUCUGCACACACUCCAGUCCAACUGCUCGUCUCUUCUCUCUGCUCCAGAUGAUGCCUUGGAUUUAGCUGGCCCACAUGAGUGAUAUGAAUAACACACUGGACGAAAUACACACUUCUGGAAGCCUCGGAGAGAAAGCAGACAUUUUUCACAGUGGCAAGGGUAAUGUGAGUGGCUGUCCCGGCCCAGCCCUCAUCCCUUUGCGAGCUCCUUUACUAACACCAAAUGCCCAGAAGAACAGGACUGCGCUCUGCUGCAAGGGGAACAGGAGCAACAAAGAGGGAGAGGAGUCAUUCUCUUCCCCUGUUCCAAACCCUUUUCCAGAGCUUAUCCCCUCAACCCUGUCCCCCCUCGUCUCUGAAUGUUUAUUACCAUGGACCAAAAGUAGUGCAACUCAGGUAAUCAAAGUUUAUAAUGAAGAUAACACAAGCAGAGCAGUAGAGGUUCCCAGUGACAUCACUGCCCGCGAUGUAUGCCAGCUGUUUGUCUUGAAGAACCACUGCAUCGAUGACCACAGCUGGACUCUUUUUGAACACCUUUCACAUCUGGGAAUAGAGAGAACCAUUGAAGACCAUGAGUCUGUCAUGGAGGUGCUAUCAGGCUGGGGACUGGACACAGACAGCCGACUGUAUUUUAGGAAGAACUAUGCCAAAUAUGAAUUCUUCAGGACACCCCUGGACUUUUUCCCAGAUCACAUGGUUUCCAUAUCCAGUGAAACCAAUGGGAUGGUGGAUCACUCUCAGCUUAUACAGACCUUUCUCAACUCCAGCACCUGUCCAGAGAUACAUGGACACCUUCAUGCCAAAGAGCAAAGCAGAAAGUCCUGGAAGAAGUUUUACUUUGUGCUGCGGCGGUCGGGUCUGUAUGUCUCCAACAAGGGAACUUCCAAAGAACCAAGGCAUCUCCAGUUCAUUGCUGACUUCAGUGACAGCGAUGUCUACACUGUGUUGUCAGCCAAAAAACUACACGGAGCACCUACAGAUUACGGCCUAUGUGUCAAGUCCUCAAAGUGUAGUUCAGCUCGGGACUUGAAGCUGCUUUGUGCGGAUGAUGAGCAGACCAGGACCUGCUGGAUCACAGCCAUGCGCUUGUUAAAGUUUGGGAUGCAACUGUACCAAAAUUUCAUCCAGCCACACCAGAAGCAAAAAGCUUCACCGAUGAGAAGCAUCUCAGAGAACUCACUGGUGGCAAUGGACUUUUCUGGCCAGAAGAGUCGAGUGAUCGAGAACCCAUCUGAGGCGUUGUCUGUGGCUGUGGAAGAGGGCCUGUCAUGGAGGAGGAAAAGCUGCCACCGUCUGAGCGGCCACGGGAGUCCCUCCACAUCACAGAGUUCAGUGUCAAACAUCGCCCUCCACUUGGCUCAGGCCUGGUUUCAUGGCAAACUGUCUCGGGAUGAGGCUCAGCGUCUCAUCACUCAACAGGGACUUAUCGAUGGAGUAUUUCUUCUGAGGGACAGCCAAAGUAACCCCAAGACAUUUGUCCUGUCACUGUGCCACAUGCAGAAAAUCAAACACUUUCAGAUCUUACCUAUGGAUGAUGAUGGGGAGGUAUUCUACAGCCUGGACGAUGGUCGCACACGGUUCACUGACUUGAUUCAGUUGGUGGAGUUUUACCAGCUAAACCGUGGCGUGUUGCCCUGUAAGCUCAAACACCACUGUGCCCGGAUCACCCUGUGAACAAGGGACCCAAGAGACCCCCGAGGGCCCAAUUGCACCUUAACUCCGGGGCCUUUCUGGACAAACACUCCCAGUGUUCCUGUGCCUUGAAGAAGAAAGACAUACAGGCUAACUAAACAGCCAUGCCAACAGAAACCACUGUUAACAUCCACUAUUGUGCAACAUGGUCCCUCCUUAUUUUUCUUUUUGAGAAAAAAGCCAAUGGACUGUAUAAUAACAGACAACAUGUGCUGAAGGUGAUGUGCAGUUCUGUCUGGUGAACAAUAUUCUUUGGCCCUGUAAUGUGCUCAUACGUGGCGGUAAAAUUCAAAUGUCCACAAACCAAAAUGAGAGUAUUUGUACUGUAAUAUAGAGCUGAAUGGGUACUGUUAACAGCUUGUCAAUUUAACAGAAUCAUGACACCCAUGAAAGAGUUUUUCUUGGUAAAUGAAAGCUGGAAUUUGAGCUUUUACUGAAAUUGUAGUAUGUAUAAAGUAACUACAUAAACCUGUCAGUUACAGUCCGUUAAAGCUAGUGAUGGUUGAAGCCCAACAACGGCAUUAGUUUUUUAUUUGAAACCAUUAUCAUGCCAGGAAUCGUAACACACACUUCAGUUAGAUUUGAGAAAAACUAAGCUAUCUUACUUUGCAAUUAUUCAGGUAUUUUCUUUCUUUCUUUUUUUUUUUUUUAAGAAAAUGAUCUAUGUUUUGUAUUUGAGAGAUAAAGUGACCUCUUGGAAAGUGUCAAUGUGCAUGCCCUGUAAGCUGGCCUGAGACUGCUGAAGAGAGACACAGAGAGGUGUAAUGUACUUGUGGAGACAAAUGGCACACAACCUCACUAGCCUGCACUGUACAUUCAUUUUUACAUGUAUGUGAUUAAAUGAAAUGUUUGUAUAACAUGAAAUUAGUUGUGAGCUCAGUCUAGAUGUAAGUCAUGACGAUGGAAAUCUGAAAUACUCUGUGACUGAUUUUAAUCAUGUCUGAUUCAUUGUAUAUUGAAAUGUAGGUUUUUAUAUUUUUCAACGAUUCAGGUAUACAGUUUGCAACACCUGGCUUGGUUGUAUUUUGCUGUUAUUGCCACUGCUGUGCAUAAAUGGUGUCAUAUUGUUUGUCCUCAAAAAGCCAUUCAGCUUUAAAAAACAAGGUAUUUUAAUUCAGUGACAUGAUUGAAAUGACCAUCUUCUUUGAUAGUAGUUUUUUUCUUUCUUUUCCAGCUGGACAACAGUGCAUUGAACAAUGAAUGUCAUGGACUGCAUAGUUUUAUAUAUAUAAACAAAGUCUGUUUGUAAUGUC